CCAAGCAGGAAGAGGUGGAGGAAGGUGUAUAUACAACGCUUGGGAGCAGGAAUUUCACGAAGGAGGAAAGAAAGAGAGGGAAUCUUUACUCGUUCUUUGCCUGUUUUCUUCUUCACUCUGAGAGGGACCUUUCCUGUCUCCCUUUCUUUCCAUUCUCUUUGAGCAGAGAGUUCCGAUAAUAACCCAUCGUCAUCGUCGAUCGAUCGUCGUCGCCCAACAUGCUCGCCUCCCUCGCCUCCGUCUUCCUCCUCGCCCUCUCCACGGCCAACGCCGCCCUGACCUACAAGGGUGUCGACUGGUCCUCGACGACCAUCGAGGAGAAGGCCGGCAUCAAGUACAAGAGCAGUGCCGGCACCUCCCAAGCUCUCGAGACCAUCUUCAAGAACGCCGGCGUCAACUCGGUCCGCCAGCGCGUCUGGGUGAACCCGUCCAACGGUGACUACAACCUCGACUACAACCUCGCCCUCGCCAAGCGCGCAAAGGCGGCCGGCCUCUCCGUCUACCUCACCCUGCAUUUCAGCGACACCUGGGCCGACCCGACCAAGCAGGCCAUCCCGUCAGGAUGGCCCUCUGAUAUCGAGAACCUCAGCUGGAGGCUCUACAACUAUACCAUGGACGUCAGCAACGCCUUCCAAAAGGCCGGCGUUCCGCCCGCAAUCAUCUCCAUCGGAAACGAGAUCCGCGCGGGUCUGCUCUUCAACACGGGCAAGACGUCCAACUGGUACAACGUCGCCAAGCUCCUCAACUCGGCCGCCUACGGCAUCAAGGACUCGACCCUGAGCCCCAAGCCCAAGAUCAUGAUCCACCUCGACAACGGCUGGGACUCGAACCUCCAGGCCAACUGGUACACCAGCCUCUUUGCCCAAAACGUGCUCAAGACCACCGACUUUGACAUGAUGGGCGUCUCCUACUACCCCUUUUACGGAUCCGGCGCCACCCUCGCGGCGCUCAAGUCCAGCUUGUCCAACUUGGCCUCCAAAUGGGGCAAGGAGAUUGUCGUCGCCGAGACCAACUGGCCCACGAGCUGCCCCAGCCCCGCGUACGCCUUCCCUAGCGAUCUCAAGAGCAUCCCCUUCUCCGCUGCCGGCCAGACCACGUUCCUGAAAAAGGUUGCCGAGGUCGUUGCCGGUGUCAGCAACGGAAAGGGCCUCUACUACUGGGAGCCCGCAUGGAUGAACAACCAGGCCCUCGGCUCUAGCUGCCCCUCCAACACCCUGUUCGCGUACCCGGGUACCGCCCUGUCUAGCUUGGAUACCUUCAAGAGUAUCUAAGAGGGCGUCUUUCCACAAUUGAUGACGGGAUACCCA